AUGUCUACUCUAGAAGAUUUAGAUGAUCUUGAGCGGGAACAGAAGGAGGACAAGAGAGACGAUGGCGACAAGGACAAGAAGCCAACCCAGAGUGGCGAUGCUGAGAUGAAGGAUGCGGAGCCAGAGGAGAAGGAAGAGGAUCCUAUAGAUGAAGAGAUUUACAACUUAAGCACACAAGAUAUUCUCACGAGGAGACGGCUUCUGGAGAACGAUUCACGGAUCAUGAAGAGCGAGUACCAGCGCCUCUCUCAUGAGAAGGCUGCCAUGGGUGAGAAGAUCAAGGACAAUCUGGAUAAGAUUGAGAACAACAGACAAUUACCCUACCUCGUCGGCAAUGUCGUUGAACUUCUCGACCUUGAUCCAACAGCCGAAUCGGCAGAAGAGGGAGCCAACAUCGAUCUCGAUGCUACACGAGUUGGCAAAUCAGCUGUGAUUAAGACUUCCACCCGACAAACCAUCUUCCUUCCUCUUAUUGGUCUCGUCGACCCAGAAAAACUAAAGCCUGGAGACCUGAUUGGUGUCAACAAAGAAUCAUAUUUGGUGUUGGAUACAUUACCAGCUGAAUAUGACAGCAGAGUGAAGGCUAUGGAGGUCGAUGAGAAGCCAACCGAAAAGUACUCUGAUGUAGGAGGGUUGGACAAGCAGAUCGAAGAGCUGGUUGAGGCGAUUGUAUGGCCGAUGAAGGAGGCCGAACGUUUCAAGAAGAUUGGCAUCAAAGCUCCAAAGGGUGCGCUGAUGUAUGGACCUCCCGGUACUGGCAAGACCCUCCUGGCCCGAGCCUGUGCUGCACAAACAGAGGCCACGUUCCUGAAACUAGCUGGUCCUCAACUUGUACAGAUGUUCAUUGGUGAUGGCGCGAAGCUGGUUCGAGAUUGUUUUGCUUUGGCCAAAGAGAAGGCACCAGCAAUUAUCUUCAUCGAUGAGUUGGAUGCGGUUGGUACGAAGCGUUUUGACAGUGAGAAGAGCGGAGAUCGAGAAGUCCAGAGAACUAUGUUGGAGCUUCUUAACCAACUUGAUGGUUUCGCCUCAGAUGACCGCAUCAAGGUACUUGCAGCCACGAACAGAAUUGACGUUCUGGAUCCAGCUUUACUGCGUUCUGGGCGUCUGGACAGGAAGAUCGAAUUCCCGCUACCUAAUGAGGAAGCCCGAGCCCAGAUUCUGAAGAUCCACAGCAGGAAAAUGACAGUUGAUGAUGCAGUUAACUGGCCUGAGUUGGCACGAAGUACGGAUGAGUUUGGCGGUGCUCAGCUGAAGGCUGUUUGCGUGGAAGCGGGUAUGAUUGCGUUGAGAAUGGGCAAGAACAAGAUUAGCCACGAGCAUUACGUUGAUGCCAUAUCGGAAGUGAUGGCUAAAAAGAAAGAUACCGUCAACUUUUACGCAUAG